GUCCUACGUCCACUCAACUCACUUCAGCUGCCUCUCUCUCACUCACUCUCUCUCUCUCUCUCUCUCUUGUUUCUCCUCGUCCUUCCCAACUUCAUCCUUUGUUAGUUGUUAUAAUAUAUUAGAUUGUGUCUCAGUCACAACUACUUGAUAGCUAGCCAUGGGAUCCUUCAAGGCCAAAAACAAGGUGGUGUUGGUGAUGGGCGCCACCGGCACCGGCAAGUCCCGCCUUGCCAUCGACCUGGCCACCUACUUCGGCGGAGAGAUAGUCAACUCCGACAAAAUGCAAGUAUACGACGCUCUUGACGUCGUAACCAACAAGAUCACCGCGGAGGAGGCCGCCGGAAUCCCCCACCACCUCCUCGGCUGCUUGCCUCCCGACGCCGACUUCACUGCGGCUGAUUUUCGCCGAGCGGCGACGCGCGCUGUCGCUUCGGUGGCCCGGAGCGGGCGGCUCCCGAUCGUCGCCGGCGGGUCGAACUCCUACAUAAAGGAGCUGGUGGACGGGGGGCGGGGGGAGUUCCGGCGGCGGAACGAGUGCUGCUUCCUGUGGGUGGACGUGCGCCUGCCGGAGCUGCACCGUUUCGUGGCGGAUCGGGUGGACCAGAUGGUGGAGCGGGGGAUGGUGGAGGAGGUCCGGCGGAUGUUCGACCCCGACGUGGAGGCGCCGGACUACACGCGCGGGGUGCGGCGCGCCAUCGGAGUGCAGGAGCUGGACAGGUACCUCCGGGCGGAGGCAUCGGGGGCCGACGAGGCGGAGAAGAAGCGACUUCUGGAGGAAGCACUCGACGAGAUCAAGGCCAACAACUGCAAGCUGACUUGCUGCCAGCUGGAGAAGAUCCGUCGCCUGGCGGCCCUGUCAGAGUGGGGCGUGGUCAGGGUGGACGCCACGAAGGCGUUCCGGAAGAAGCUGGCGGAUGCCGAAGCAGCGUGGGCGGAGCAGGUGGUGAAUCCCAGCAUCGAGAUCGUCGAGAACUUCUUGGCGGCGGAGGCAGAGGAAGAAGAGGCGCCGGCAGAGGCGAUGGUCAACGUAGGCCUUGACUUAGUCAACGUGGCUUCGUCCGCGUUGAGCGUGGUGGGGGCCACGUAAUGAGUGCGACAAGAGUUGCUUCCGUUGGGGCAUUCGUUCAACUGCGGCGCUGGAGGCCGCAUACGAAUUGAUAGGAAUAAAACAAUUAAAUAAUUAAUCGAUGAUGGGGAAUAAUUAAAUGCAUUAGUUAGUGGUGCGAUCAUGGAGGAAGAGUUGGACUGAAUAUUACAUCAAUUUCCGGAAUGUGGGGGCCACCGACCUUUCCUGUUGUGGAAUAUAUUUUAUGAAGUUUGUAGA